AUGGCGAAGCUGCUGAAGAAGCCGUUGAAGCUGGCAUUGAUCCAACUGGCGACUGGGCCGGACAAAGCUGCCAAUCUUGCUCGCGCACGAUCGAAAGUGCUAGAGGCAGCCGGCAAUGGCGCCAAUCUGGUCGGUAAGGGAACGUGUUCGCAGAUCGUAUCUCGGUGGCUGAUCUAUCAAAGUGUUACCUGAAUGCUUCAACAGCCCGUACGGCACGAAAUACUUCGCCAAAUACGCCGAGACGCUACUGCCUUCCCCGCCGACGAAAGAGCAAUCGCCCUCCUUCCAUGCCUUGUCCGAGCUUGCCAAAGAAGCAAAGGCGUAUCUUGUAGGAGGGAGCAUACCAGAAUACGGAGAGGAGACGAAGAAGCACUACAAUACAUCUCUCACCUUCGACCCCAAUGGCAAGCUCAUUGGUACACACCGAAAGGUGCAUCUGUUCGAUAUCGAUAUCCCGGGCAAGAUAUCCUUCCACGAGAGCGAAGUGCUCUCGCCUGGGAACAAGGUUACCAUCAUUGACUUGCCUGAAUACGGCAAGAUCGCGGUCGCUAUAUGCUACGACAUUCGCUUCCCUGAAUUGGCCAUGAUUCCGGCCCGAAAGGACUGUUUCCUGCUGCUUUAUCCGGGUGCGUUCAAUCUCACGACAGGAGCGAUGCAUUGGGCUUUGCAAGGUCAGGCGAGAGCGAUGGACAAUCAGAUCUACGUUGGCCUUUGCAGUCCAGCUCGAGAUAUGCAAGCCGACUAUAAUGCGUGGGGUCAUUCCAUGGUCGUGAAUCCCAACGCGUCUAUUCAGUCUGAGACUGAUGAACACGAGAGCGUCGUAUAUGCCGACCUUGAUGGAGACACGAUCGCCGAGUCAAGAAAGGGCAUUCCGAUAUAUACUCAGCGCAGAUUUGACGUCUAUCCGGAUGUUAGCGCUGGUAAAGUCCGAUAUGAGGAAUGA